AUGAUGAAAGGGAAAUCUGACAUUGCACUCCAAACGGACGAGGCGCUGUCAAUGCCUUUGAAUGGCUCCGUCAUGUUGUUUUCGUUGUACGUUUCCUUGCGCUUUAUUCCGAAGGAAUACUUUAACAUCCUGAUUUCCUUCUAUCUUAGCUUGAUUAGUGUCUUCGCUUUUCACAUGUUCAUAAAAGGGUAUAUCAAGCCCAAUAUUCUCACCGGACUGAUCUGCGUAGGAACCGGGUGCGGCAGCUUUUUUGCUCAGAACUGGAUCGCAAGUAACAUACUGGCCUUUUCAAUCGCCGUCACAGCGCUUGAAAGGCUGCCUGUGAAUGGGUUCACGACCUCUUUCAUUCUGCUGAUUGGCCUCUUCUUCUACGACAUCUUCUGGGUAUUUGGGUCGGACGUCAUGCUGAUCGUGGCGACCGGCAUUGACGGACCAAUAAAGCUCGUGUUUCCUCAGACGAUCUUUGGCGACUGCUCCAAGAAAAGCCUCCUGGGACUCGGCGACAUCAUUGUGCCUGGCCUUUUUAUAUGCCAAACACUGGUGUUCUCGAAGGACUACGUGAAGAGGGGAAGUCUGUACUUUGUCACCUCGAUGGUCGCGUACACCCUGAGUCUUGUGAACACUAUGGCUGUCAUGCUGAUCUUCCAACAUGGCCAGCCGGCACUCCUGUUCAUUGUACCAUGGCUUCUCGUCACAUUCUCUGCUGUCGCCUUGUACAACGGGGAUGUCAAGGCGGCAUGGAACUUUGAUAUUCUUAGCGUCUUCACAACUUCUUCAGAGAAGCCAGCGCCUGAUGAGCCGCAUGCAGAACAGGAGGAAUCCCUCUCCACGUUUGUCUGCGAGGCUGUUUUGGAUCUUUUCGGGUUCGCAAAGGAGGCGGCGGCGGAGUGCAAGACGGCGGAGGAGUUGAAGGAAAAGAAGGAGGCGUAG